AGCCUGAUUCCAGCUUUUUUUAAUGCCCGCAUGAUGCUCUCUUUUUUUUUGAACCACUGGCCGACGUGGAAUAUCUAAAAGAAGCAACCUUCACUGUGGACCCUUCUUUUUUUCUUCUUUGAAUUACAUCUCUUUUAUUCUUCCCGUUUCUCAAUGGAGCCUCCAUUUUAUGCUUUCUUGGAACAACUGGCAUUAACCACCCUGCGGCAUCAUUGGCAGAUCGUGCUGUUGUCGGCCGUGGUAUGCGGCAUCAUCUAUGAAAUAUCUCGGUUCGUAUCCCCGUUACUGUUUCCAAAGACAUUCCAAUUCUUCAAAGGCUAUAAUGCACCCAACUGGCAUAUCCAUGUGGUGUCAACGGUGCACUGUGUGACAGUGGUGGUCGGAUCAUUUUUCAUCAUGGCGGACGAUCAGUUAUCUCGAGACAGAGUGUUUGGAUAUCAAGCAUGGGCCGCCGACAUAUAUUCGGUGUCAUGUGGAUAUUUUAUUUGGGAUACCAUCAUUGCCUUGUAUUUCUACAAGUACCAAGGCAUUACCAUGGUAUUUCACGGCAUCGCGUCCCUGUCUGUCUUUGUAUUAUCGUUCCGACCAUUUGUGAACUAUUACGGCGCCAUUUUCCUGAUGUACGAAUUGAGCACAAUUUUCCUCAACAUCAACUGGUUCAUAGAUAAACUCGGCUGGACCGGGGGCAAGGUGCAACUGAUCAAUGGAUUCUUCCUAAUAACCACUUUCUUUGGAGCGAGGAUUGUGUUUGGCUUCUAUAUGUCGACGCGGAUGUGGAGUGAUAUAUUCGCUGUAAAGGAGCUUGUACCAUGGCGAUAUUGGAUUGUCUAUGGAUCAGCCAACUUUGUCACUUUAUGCCUCAAUAUGUACUGGUUUGGUCUCAUGGUGAAGAUGUUACGAAAGCGAUUUACACCAAAACCUAUCAAACAGCUCUAAGACAUGUUUUUUAAUGCUAUGGCAAUGUCUUGUUCCUUUGGUUUGAACCCUAGACUCUACUCUCCCCCUACCCCCAACAAUACCCAUCACGUAUUUUGGUCACAUGAAUAAAGCAACUCAAAUGUGGGAAAUGCAGACAUGCCGAUUCUGGAUCUGACUUUUUUCC